UUCUGUUCCUCCCUUCCUCUUUGGCAGAUCUGGUCACCUCCGUUUCCUCCGAUCGUGUUUUGACAAGUACAGCAAGUGGGAACUGAGUACCGGCGGCCUGGCCUGUAUAAUUUUAUUUUCCCUCAAUUCAUUUUAUUCACAUUCCGAGGUGAAAGUUGUGGAUUUUCAAGCUUGGUCAAACUUUAUUUCAAAGGAAUGUAUGUCUUGAAGUAAUAGAAUUCUGUUAAUUCCGUACAACAUGGAUGACCGCGAUUUAUUGUGUUUAGAAACUGGAAACCAAACCGAAGUUACUGCUAUUCUGAAACGUUUUUCAGAAAAACACAAUAAAACGUUCACUUUUAAUGAAUUAAAUGAAAAUGAUAAACGCCGAAGACUGUGGGACAUACUGCAGAGGAAGUUGGAUAAUGCUGAAGAUUCUGCAUGUCACAUACAUGCUCUCUCUUGUAUUCGAAUUCUGAGUCGUGAAAAAAUACAAUUAGAUGACCUUAUUAGUGAACAAUGGUUAGAGACUUUGCUUAGUCUUGCAGGUCUAUUAUCUCAGGAAGAAGCUAUGACUCGAAUUAACCAACCAUUGACAGAUUAUGAAGUUGUACUAGAGGCACAGAAAUGUUUGUGUAAUAUUGUAUUUAACAGUAAAGUAGCUCUGGCAAUGAGUUGCAAGAAUCACACCAUUGAAGGUGUUGUUAUGCGAAUGAGAACAUACAGAGAUCCUGAUAUACCAUCAGACAUUAAAUAUUUUGAUAUGAGAUUACUUUUUAUAAUUACUGCAUUGUGUUCGGAAGUUCGUCCUCGAUUAAAUGAAGAACUUCAUGGGUUAACAUACCUAAUGGAAACUUUAGAUCUAAUUCUAAAGGAAGCAAGUGGUGAAGAGCACCAUUAUGAAAGAGGUGCUGCAUGCAGUGAUAUUCAUGUAAUACUCUCUGAUGAACAUAUUGGGUUGGCUUGUGAAAUUUUAAAAGUUUUAUUUAAUCUUACUCUGCCACCUGGAAAUGUUAUUCCUCCGCUGGACAAUUCACAUGUGGACGAAGAGGAAGAGGCUCAUUUUUUGCGAUUGGUGUCCAUUUUGCAUGAUCUGUUGUUAUGUGAUGCUACAUCUCCAGAGAAACAAAAAGAAUUACAAAACCAUACAGUCAACCUUCUAGUCAGCAUCCCCAGCAAUUGUUUUGAAGAAUUAAUGACUCCUAUACAACCAGAUGGUGCUGAUCUCCCAAAAGAUUUGGAGUUUGAUGGAAGGAACAUGCAGGCAGUGGCUGUCCUCCUUCGUUUUCUUGAGAAGCAAUUAGAUUGUUCAACACAGGGAGGAAGAGGUCAACAUGAAACAUUAUCGCCAAUUCUCACUGUAUUGGUGAAGGGUUCAAGAGGACAUCGUGCGAUGCGGAAAUACCUCCGCCAGCGUGUAUUACCACCUUUAACUGAUGUAAUGUAUCGACCCGAAGAAGGAAAUAAGAUUCGAAAUAAGCUAUGCAGACUCUUGACUACUCCAAAUUCUCAAGUUUCUGGGCUAGUUGCUGAUUUUCUAUUUGUGCUUUGUAAGGAAAGUGUGUCUCGGAUGGUUAAGUACACUGGAUAUGGCAAUGCUGCAGGGCUGUUGGCAAACAGAGGUUUGCUGCUGGGUGGCAGCAGUAAUUCUCGAGGCUCUGGUUCUGGGCCUGGUCGCUAUUCAUCUGAUAGUGAGGACAGUGAAACUGAAGAAUAUAGAAAUUGGAGGGAUCAGAUUAAUCCUGUCACUGGAUCAUAUGAACCUCCAAGGUCUGAUCCAACAAUAAAUAUGAGUGAAGAACAGAAGGAGUAUGAAGCUUCAAAACUACUAGAUAUGAUGGACAAACUGUCAAGGGGUGGAAUAGUACAGCCAUGCCGUAUUGGUGAAGAUGGUCGUCCAGAGCCUGUUGAACAUGUGUUAGAGCUGGUAGAAAAUUUACCACGACAGCAGAUUCGUCCUCAUCAUGCUAUGGGUUCUGAUGAAGAUUCUGAUUAAAGUUACUUGUAUUGUUUUCUAACCUUGAUGCAGAAUGGUGUGCUGAGAAGUUGCACCUCAUAGUUCAUUACAUUAAUGAUAGUUAUUCCAAUGAUUUGAGUAUAGUGGUAUAUACAUCACUGUGCCUGUUAGUGACAUGUCCUGCCAGGUUAGUGAUUCAUGAUAAUUCUUGAAAAAUUACUGCCAAGUAGAAGUGAAAUUCUGUGAGAAUUCAUGUGCUACCAUUUUACUGGCUCACAAGAGCUGGAGAAUGCAGUUUGUCAUUCUAGUCAGACUUGCGUCAUGCACUGUUUUAUAUUUGAACACCGCUUUUAAAUACAUAAAAACUGGAAGACUGUCUUGAAGAUGUAUACUGUUUUUUUGUUUUUAUGUCUUUGCUUUACCUAGGUGUGUCAAUGUUCGUAAUAUUAGACCAAGGCAUGUUACAUUUGUCAUGGGUAGAAUGGAAAGUAAAAACAGGAUAAUGAAGUUUCAAUGUAGGCUUGUAAUUAUUUUAUUUUAUUUUAUUUUAUAAGAGUUCUUGAAAGUAUAGUGUAUUUUUUGUCUAUUUAGUUGAGAAUAUCAAUUUCUCUAUCCAUGUGUGUUUCUGUGCUCAUCGUUGACAAUGGUUUGUAAUGAGUAUUAAAGUGUUCUCAUAUUUUCACCAAUAAUAUAUUUCAUAAAAUAUUGUGACUAUUUUAGAAAUUCUUCACAUACAGUAGAUUAAAUCUCCAAAAUAUUGAACCUGCUGAGAAGAACAUAAAAAUAAUAGUUGAAGUCAAGAAUGAAGAUACUUUUCCAAAAUCCUGAAUUUGCCCUUAAGUUGUGAAUGAAGAUAUAUUUUAAUUUUAUUUCCCCCCCCUUUUUUUUUCUUGAUCUUUAAUGCUGAUUGUCAGUCUUUUAUUUGUCAUGUUGACUGCCAUGUGACUGCUGGCAAUUGCAGCUGUGAAGAACCCUUGCAGUUGUGUAGUUGUGAAGUUGCAGUUGUGUAGAACCCUGUGUGUCAGGCAGUGACCUCUUGUUUUGCCAACAUGAGGCUGCCUGCAGCUAUGCAGCAUUCUGCUUGAGUUACCACUGCGGCCAGCAGCAGCCAAAUGACAAUUAACGUGUUAAAGCAAUUUCUGAAAACAAUAUUUGGUUUUGACUUUGAGUUUUUAAUCUUAGAUCAUUGUUGGAACAUAAAAUAUCCAAUCUUUUGACAGUACAAACAACAUUAGUGAAGCCUUUUUGUAGUAACCUUAAAAAGUUGAGUGACAAAUUGUGGUCGGUUUGGUCGGUUGGACGGUGUUCUGAUGAACUCAGCUUUUCUCUCAUUCAAAACUGUCAAACUUUUCAUUGGACAGUUUUGAUUACAUGUAGUCACCUCAUAUUUUGAAUGUUAAUUCCUUUUUGUGCUUAUUCCCCUACCAGCCUUAUUAUGAUUGUUUUUCAUGAGAUUCUGUCAGCUUUAAUUCUACAACAAUUUAACAUACUAUUGGACUCCAUUUAAUGUGUAGUUACAUGUUUAAUAUUUAUCACAAAAUAUUCUUUUAAUGUAUGUUUUGGCAUGUUGCUGUCUGGGAGCAUUGUAAACAGUAUCAUUAAAUUUAAAUUGUUAAAAGUGUUUGGCUACUGAUAUUUAAAAAAAGUGAUUUGUGAUCCAACUCAUCAAAUUAGAUGAUGCUGGUUUUGAAUGCUCUGAUUUUUACCAUGCUUGUGGCUGUGAUGUACUAUAUAUGUUAAUAUUGUGUGAAUAAUUACUGUUGUGCUGUAGCAAAUUUUGCUAAAAAUACAGUAGCAAAUUUUAUUGAUACACUGACUUACUGAAGUGUGUAAAGAACUGGCUUUUAAAUUUUGUUUAUUGUGUGCCAUUGAAUGAGCAGUGAGAAUCUAUAGAAUUAAAGUUACAGCUUCAUAGAUUACAAUUACAUUUAGCUAUAAACACAAUACACCAUAAAGCCUUAAGAAAUAUUAUCAAAUGUAACAAGGUUUUUUAUUGCUGUUGACAGUGUUGGUAAUCUUUUUGUUCACUGAAUGAAAAUAUUGGACUGUUCUAAACUAACUGCAAUAUCACAGGAAUGAAAAUAAUUUAUGAAAUUCAAACAUUGUGCAACCUUAUUAUUUUUAUUUAACAAGGGUAGAAUAUAUUCUUUGAAGUUUCUUACAAGUCAGAAGCAAUACAUCUGAAGGGAAUCAUUUUGAUAUAACAUUUAUCAAGGAGGAGAAGCAUAAGCUCUGUAAUUAUUAUACUCACAUCUGUAAUCUAAGUCAAGAGUCUCUGUAUGAAUGGAGGAAGAAAGUCAGUGUGGGUUUUCUGAAAAAACAUUUUUUGUUAAAUAAAAAGUUCCUUUAUUUUGGAAAUGUCAUUAGCUGUCUUUAUUUCAUUGUUUUAUGGGUAACAAUGUUCAUAGUGAAUGUUGUAUUCUAGGUUCAUGGAAAAUGGUUCCUGUAACUUGAGUAAUAAACGCACUAAAUAAGAUACAUGAAAAUAUUCAUAUCGUGAGUGAGUAAUCAAAUAUUUGGAAAGGUUGUAUUUUAUCAUUAAUGGCUUCUUAGUCAUGGUUGUUGCAUAUUCUAAUGUUUAAUAUAAUUUGAAUAUAAUAUUUAUUUGAAAUCAAAUGACGCAUACAGUCAAUUUAUCACAUCGAAUGAACAGAUUUCAGAAAAUUGUGAUUGGUUUAUUCUUUUGAUAUUAUGAACAAAAUAUAGAGAGGAAUUACUAUUCAAACUGAAAUAAGCAGAUUUUACAUUAAAAUAACUGUUAGAAAUUUGUUUUAUGUUGUAAUUUUUUAACUUGGUUUUAUCAGAAAGCAAGCAGGGAUGUUGACCACCAUGAUAUUGAGGCAGGGAUAUUGACCUUGAUCUACCACAGAAAGGUUGGUUUCUAAUUCGUCACAUAUCAUUGUUGUCAUUAUGAUCAUUAUCAUUCUAAACAAACAUGGAUUAGGACUUCAAUUAUUAGUGCUAGUAAUUUUACUUCACAGACUCUAGGAACGUUCCUCCAGAUGCCUCUGUAUUGGCUAUGUUGCUGUUGCCCUCUUGGCAGAAAUGUUACAAAUUGUGUGUGAUGAGCUUUGUAUUUUUUAUUAUAUUACCGUCUACUUCUACAUCUUAAAUAAUAUACCCUUCUUGAAUUUUAAUAUGCUUUACGCUGUUAACAGAUUUAUUUGCAAUUUUAAAUGACUUGCAUUAAUACAGUAGAUGCAGCUCAGAAAGAUGCUUAUAUUGGUUCGAUAAAAUUCAUAAUUAAAUUGGCGAUUAACUGCAUUAUUGCUACUAUUAGGACAUUGCGUUGUAAGCUCUAUAACAAGAGGGGCGGGUAACUGUUCUGGGCUCCCUUAUGAAACGUUUUAUUUACAUAUGACAUAUUACUUGUACAACCAUUUUCAGUGUAUUUUUGAAUGUC